AGGGAUUUCCUUACAGUAACGACAUGCGGAUAUAUUUAUCCGCUCUGAGAUCCCGUUCCUUCGGAAUGGGUAACUCAGAGCACGCUCCAGGUUGAGUCUGUCAUCAACCCCUAUCGCGCAUACGCAUUCUGCAACCGAGAGAGCUCAUAAUACGUCUCAAAUACGAAGCUUUGGCCCUUCAUGGACUUGAGUCUUCAAUUAGUUCGAUCCCAUAUGUUUCGCCGCGCUUCUCGACCCUUGACAUCCUUUCAUAUCACCGGAGGCGCACGAUUCGCGCGACAUUUUCAUCGAGUCACAACAGAUUUCAUCACCCAUGACGUGAAAGGACAUCUGAUUACUAACAAAGUGCCCGUUAUUAUUGGCAACCCGGGAGAGACUUAUGUUUUGAUUGAUCAAGGGGUCAGUAGUGCACUCCGUGCUGCCAGUCCCUGUACAGCUGCUUCUGCAGCAAGUGCUGAAGAUAGAUGUAAACUUACAUAUUUCCAUGAUUCGCAACACUUUGGGUUCAAAUCAUCCAGUUAUCCCCGCCUCUAUGUCCCAAGCCAGAUUCCUCACCCCACAAAGUCAAAUACAAGCCCUGCAACCUUGUAUCUGAGCGGAAAGAUGUACGAGAUAGUUCUAGAUGGAACAGAUGAUGCAAAUUUUGCCGAGAAGGCAAGUGUUACUGGACGGAGCCUGGCCAGCGUACUCCACCAACUGAAGGAUAUGUGAUUUCAGGGCUGUUUUUCUCUGUAGCAAUAGCAGGAAUUGUUUAAUAUAUGACUGUGAAGAGGGAUUGCGACUGUACGACAAGAACCCAGAGAAAGGGU